AUGGCGCCCGAUUUGGCGGCGGCGAAUCGCCGUGUGAUGGAGGAUUUGACAAAGAAAUAUGGAGUGACCCCCGAAACCAUCGACUAUGUGACCCUUGGCCCGGUGUGCGUCGAGCCCCGCCGCAUCGUGAAGGUGCCUCGUCCUCCGAUCCCUUCCGCCGGCACGGAGGGGCCGCCGAGGCGUCAGCCCCGGGCGGAGCCGAGCCCGCUCGAGGCAGCGCUGCUGGACACCGUUCACCGGCACCACAUCCAGGCGCUCGCCAUGAUGGACCGCGAGAUCGUCGGCCGGCACGCGCGCGGCAUGCUGCUCGCGGGCUACGCCUACGGCCUCCACGACCCCGUCUGCAACAUCCUCGCCAACUGUCUCUGGCACGAUGCGGUGUUCCCCGCUUCCUCGAGCCAGGAGGUUCGUCAGCCCAUGAUGCUGAGCUGCAAGGCCAUAUUCCGCCUGGCUCGCCGCUCCCUCGAUGCCCUCGUCGCCUUCAUGAGGGCGUACGCGCCCACCCUGUCUGCUGAAGAGGCCAUGUCCUACCUGAGCAGAAGCCAUGGCAACCUUCACCAUGCCGCCGUGCUUGUUGACAGAGAAGGUGUUUUCCACACAAACCGCAUGGACGACGCCUUCAGGGCUGCCAUUCUGGCAGCGCAUCUCCCUAGUGACGCAGCUCGCGAGGCUCAAUUCUUUUUCAUUGUCAACUGUGCUCCUACAGAUGCUUUUCUUGCAAAGCAUGGAAUUCAUGGUCACCCAUUAGCUUUUGGAUUAUCUGACCUCAGGCCGCAAAGCAAUUCAUCGCUUAUAGUGCUUGAAUUUGUCAAGUUGGUUGUUUCCAGUUUAGCUCUCACACAGCCGCCACCAAGCUCGCCGAGCCUAAGCCAAGGAGCAUAUAGAGCGUUAAGGAUCAAGAUGCAUGCCUUCAAGGGGGAUCAGGAGUUUUGCCUUGGUAUAGUAAACAUCGCACUCAAGAAACUUGCGUUCCAGUUUGGGGAACUUUAUCAGAUUCAUCUACUAUGCGGCAAAAGUUUGGUUACUUUGGUUCCUGACAGCUAUUAUCAUGUCAACUUCUUGGCAUCUCUUGAGAGCGAGCCUAAUCAGCCUAAGCUGUUUUUUGCUGAGAUUCGUGCUUCACUUCAAGAUGUGGAUGAUGUGACCUUGUGCUGUCCCGUGACAUUAUCAGGAAGAACUGGUGGAUGCUCUGCUUGUGAGUAUCUGGGAAUGAAACUCAUCCAUCCUGUAGAUGAGAAGUUCAAUGGACAAUGUGACUUCACUAAGGGUAGAGACCCACACAUUGCUGAACUUUUCAGGAAAGACCCUACCUCAGAGUUUGAUGUUCCACUGAUUGAUGAUUACAUUUUCGUUGAGCUUGAUCAACACCCUGAGGUUACAACCUUCCUGGAGACCACUUACUCCUAUAUGAGUGAUGAUCAAGUGGACCUGAGUCUUUUGUGGUUUGAAAAUUAUCUGCCUUAA